UCUAGCUGUGCUUAUAGGUGAGAGUUAGACUAAAAUGACGCAUUUAAAAAUUCCGGAAAUCUUUAAAUGAAAAAAAGUUGAAUUUGUCUGGACACGAUGCACCCGUUCCGGGUACUGCCGAACAACAAACUUAUGCACGGGGAGCUUAAUAAAUUGGGGGACGAGACGAAUGGGAAUUUGAAACAGCGGGUGCCGUACCACGAGUCAAUGGUGGAUAUCCUCUCAAGUAGCUGCAAGAAGACGUUUGAAAAUUAUUCUUCCGACUUCUCGCAUCAACAUCCCGUCACAGUCUCAGCACCCAUCGAUAGCCCUCCCGAAAGACGGACACCGCCCAACAGUGGAAUUUUCUCCUCGAAGUCCUCUCGCAAUGAGAAAGGUGAAGUUGAAAAUAAUUUAGACCCCGGCAUAAGGAGGUAUAGGACAGCAUUCACGCGAGAUCAACUUGCCCGCCUUGAGAAGGAAUUCUACAGGGAAAAUUAUGUCUCAAGACCAAGAAGAUGCGAAUUAGCUGCUCAGCUUAGUCUCCCGGAAUCAACUAUUAAGGUAUGGUUCCAGAACCGGCGGAUGAAGGACAAGCGUCAACGGCUGGCGAUGGCGUGGCCCUACGCCCUGUACACAGACCCUGCGAUCGCCGCGAGCAUCCUCCAGGCAGCAGCCGCCUCAGCCGCGGGCGCCGGGGGCAUCGCCGCCAUGGCCGCGAGCACCUACCCCUACUCCACCCUCUGCUACCCCCUCCACCCCCGCUUCACCCCGUACUCCAUGCCGCGGCCCCCCGGAGCGGAGCCCCCGCCGCCGCACCCGCCCCCACCGCCGCCCCCCGGGAUGCCCUUCAUCUGCCAGCCGAGCCCCACCCACUCGGAGCCCCGCGCCAGCCCCCCGGGGGGGCCACCCCCGACCGGGAACUGCGACGGCUCCGUGAGCUGCCUCUGCGGGAUCGUCAACUGCGUCACCACCGUGACGUCACCCAGGUUCCCGCCGCCGACGAGCAACCCGCGCUACUCCCCGCCGAUGUCCAGGCCGGGCUCUUCCUCCCCGGCAAAGAACGACCCGGCCCCUGGGUCCCCGACGUUCAACGCGAGGAUGGAGUCCUCGCCGAAGAAACCGGUCGCCGAACCGGGGCUCAAGAAGUUGUUCCAGCCGUACCGUGUUGACCCGGCCGAUAAGCCCUUCUUGGUUCAUUAG